AUGGGCUCUCCCGCCAUCGAUGUGGAUGUUUGUCCCAAUCCCCGCACAAAGGAGGAGAACCAGGAACGUGCCUUCAUAGCCGCCUCCCGUCGUAAAGACCGCAGCUUAGAUGCUCGCGUGGAAUCGGCCAACCGGGCCUCCAGCCUGCACAAGCAGCGGACCGGCAAGGCUCUCCUCAUCAGUCGGGAAAUUGUUGAACGAGAGGCCAUGUACGAAGAGGUCGAUGACCGCUACCAAGAGAAAAUCAACCGCAUGCUGCAUGCUCAGUCGAUGCAGCUGCAAACCGAGUUCAACCGCAAUCUCAUGGCGGCUUUUGCGAACCGUCCUAGUGCUCUGCACCAGCGUCGGGCCAGCUCCCAACUCAACCCGCGGGCGUCUCUCAACGGCAUCCGCAAGAUGAGUCUGGACUUGUCUGGGCUUCGUGCCUCUGUCUCCGACGGUAUGAGCACCGGACCAAUGACUAGCCCGUUGGCACCACACCAGGGUAGCUAUGUGCUUUCCCCCACAUACGACGGAAAUUCCCAGUCGCCGUCGUAUCCCAGCGUCUUCCCCGCGUCGUCGGGCCAACUACCAUCCUACCUCACCCAGACCGCGGGCGGACCCACCUGGCCGGCGCAGCUGAACGGGCCGCAGCCCAUGCGAUCGCCUUGGACAGGAGGGUUCGUGUCGCCGGUGCAGCAGGUCCCGGCCACUACGAUGGGCGAAAUGGGCGCCAUGCCGGUUCGUCAGUUCCGGGACCGCAUGGGUUCGGCGCCGGUCAUUCCCGUUCACGCGAUGCCUUCCCCCUUGCUUGCAACUCCCGCGGCGUCUAGCAACAGCAGUGCUACGGUGCCUCCCACAACAACAACGUCGUCCUCGUCCUCAACUGUGUCGGCCGGUCCUCGACCGGCCCACCCGAUGUACCAGCACACUCGAGUCCGGUCAGAGCCUGGCCAAGCUCUGCGGACGCAAAGCUUAGCCAACCUGUCUCAGCUCAACUCUCCACCAGGCAUGCCGAUGGAUUCCACAGAGCCAGUGCCGACACCAGACUUGUGUCCGACACCCAGCACACCACAGUCCCCCACAUCGACGGGGCAGGACCCGGGUCUUUGGGGGCUAGACCUGAACAAGGACGAGGGGGUGAUGGGAUAUGCACAGGAGCACCAUAUGGAUCCUGACUAUGAAGAUUUCAGCCGGUUCGCAUUUGGGCUUGGCAGUGGUCCCCAGCUGCCGGAAUCGGAAACGGCGUUUGAUGAAUUUUUUACCAUGGAGGAUUUUCCCGUCAGUGCAUGA